UAUGAUAGGAUUUCGUCCGAAAAGUAUUUCGAAGCAUUCAACUGCCGCACGGGUGAUGUCUUUGCAUGAAGGUAAUACACCUUCAGGUGGCAUUGUAGCUAAUUCUCAAUCAGCUGGUGCAACUGGAUUUGACUUUGUUGGAAAUACUUUUGCAACACUGGCAGCAGACGUUAUACCUGAUCUUGUAAUCUGA